UGCAAUGUGAGCAUAGUGGUGAUCUAACGCACGUGUGGAACGUAAUUUUCAUUCCGCUAACAAAAUUUAAAAAUAUAGAACGUUUUAAGUAACGUUGGUGCUGGUAUUCCACCGCUUAUAUUCAUUUUUAUAGAUAUUGUAGAUUAAAUAUCGUAAAUAUGGAGAACGGUCAGAGCGAAACAAAAGUUGAAGGCUUAAACGGUGACGCCGCUAGCGAAAAGGUUACAAAUGAGCCGACCGUUGAUGCUGCGGACGACGCACAUGCAAAAAAUGUGGAAGAACCUGUGGAAAAUGUGGAAGAAGCUGUGAAAAAUGUGAAAGAGGCUUCUGUAGAAAAUGUGGAAAACGUGGAAGAACCUUCUGCAGAACUUCUUGGAAAAAUAAAAGAUCAAGUAGAGUAUUACUUUAGCAACGUAAAUAUGCAGAGAGAUAAAUUCCUCAUUGAGCAAACAAAACUGGAAAAUGGAUGGAUUCCAAUGACCGUUAUGUUAAACUUCAAGAUGUUAGCUGCUCUGAGUACAAAUGUCGAUAUAAUUCUGAAAGCUCUGAAAACUAGCGACCUCAUGGAGAUAUCGGAGGACAAGAAAAAAAUACGACGCUCACCAAACCAUCCUUUACCAGAAUAUAAUGAGGAAUACAGAAAGGCACAAGAAGCCAGGACAGUUUAUGUUAAAGGAUUUCCAUUGACGGACACAACUAUUGAGAAGCUGAAAGUAUUUUUUGAACCAUACAAGCCAUAUGAAACAAUUGUGAUGAGGAAAUACCAAGAUAAAGAUAAAACUUUUAAGUUUAAAGGGUCUGUUUUUGUACAGUUUGAAAAUUUAGAUAGUGCUAAAGCUUUCAUGGCUGUAGAAUCUAUAAAAUAUGGAGACACUGAGUUAAUAAGAAAAUGGGUGGCUAAUUAUAAUGCAGGAAAAGCACAAGAGAAGGAAGAACGCAGAAAGAAAAAAUUAGAAAAUAAGUUAAAGAAAACAACUACAGAACAAAAGGAAACUGAGGAUGACGAAGAACAGACAUCUACAGAAUCAGAUAAUAAAUUGCCAAAAGGUUCAGUUAUUUACUUUUCCAAUGCUUCUAAGACAUGUACAAGGGAAGAUAUCAAAGAAUGUCUAGACAAAUUUGAUGCCGAUAUCGCAUACAUUGAUUAUCAAAGAGGACAAACUGAAGGAUGGGUACGUCUGCAGGGAGAAAAUGCUGCUAAACCUUUGUUAGAAAAGACUAAUGAAGGCAAGUUGACAAUCAACGAUGUUGAAAUUACCUGCAAAAUUCUUGAGGGUGAAGAAGAAGGGAAGUAUCUUGCUAAAGCGUUGGAAGAGAUGAUAGCUUUGAAGAAUAAAUACAACAAGACGAAACGGGGUGGCAAAAAAGGACGUAAUACGCGAGCCAGCAAGAAAAGAAACAACAGUCCUGGGCCUGUUCCAACUAAGAAGAGUAAAAUAGAUGCUGAAUAAGAAAUUCAUUACUUUAAACUUCAAAAGUGGACUACAUUUUCAAUGUAUUGACAAAUUAUGUUUAGAAGAGGAACGCUUGAAUUAUGUUUAGUAUAAUUUAUCAGGAACUAAUCUUUUGUGAAUAUAAGAUUUUUUUUUCGUUACACCUCUUGAUGUAUAUUACUUAACAUACUUUGAAAAUAUACUUCGUCUAUAUUUGUUA